CCACUUUCCUCGUCGCCCCGUCCGCCCCACUCCCCGCCCCCUCUGUUUCUCCUUUUUUCUCCUUUCUCGGGUCAUAUUAUAAGACAUGUCGCAUGCGGACCACACUAGAGACCCUUGCCCUUGGGUCAUCCUCAACGACUUUGGUGGUGCCUUCGCCAUGGGUGCAGUCGGUGGUGGAAUCUGGCAUGGCAUCAAGGGCGCCCGCAACUCUCCUCGCGGAGAGCGCUUUGUCGGCGCCAUCUCGACCAUAAAGGCCCGUGCCCCCGUCACUGGCGGUAACUUCGGCGUGUGGGGUGGCAUGUUUUCGACGUUCGACUGUGCUGUCAAGGGCUGGCGGCAGAAGGAGGAUGCCUGGAAUGCCAUCAUCUCGGGCUUCAUGACCGGUGGCUGUCUUGCUGCUCGCAGUGGACCUAGGUCCGCGUUUGGCUCAGCCGUAGCUUGCGGUAUCCUUCUUGGUGUGUUCGAGGGUGUCGGUGUUCUGCUUGGCCGCGUGUUCAGCGAAGGCACGAGACCACAGCUUCCUCCACUACCCGAGAACAUGUCAGCGCAAGGCACACCCUCUGCAACCCCUGCGCACUAGACUUACUUACAGCAUUUAUUCUACAUACACUGGCUUUCGUCGUCGACACUCUGCUCGCUACCCACCUCACUGUAUAAUCGACACUGAUCAACGUUAUUGGUCAACUGCAUUAUUCUUCCUGUUUAUAGAAUUUGGAUGCAAACAAGCAUAAACUCAAAGCAAC